AUGACCGGGCCUAGACGAAACGGAAGUGAAUCCGGGAUUCACAAGAAGAAGCGACGGCGCAAGCACAAAAGGUGCGCAAGUCUCGGUCCGGGAUCGAGACUCUUCAAAAAGAAGAUGGAGCUGGUGAACCUUCCGACUGAUACGUCGGAGUCGACGUCGCUUCCAGUCAUGAGCUGGAAGCGCUUCGCAAAGGACCUCGCCACUGAGAGUGAAGAUACUCUCAGUGCCAAGAAGAAGAAGGAACUCUUCGACGAGCAGAGUUGGGACUCACUGAAGUCGAGGCCCUAUUACGAGAUUCUGCGAGAUCACAGAGACGUGCUCCCGGACGAGAUCCCUGCGGAGCUUCUGCCGGACAAGGGAAUACAGCACGAGGUUGAUCUCGUGCCGGGGACGAAGUAUUGCGUGACGCGGCAGUGGCCACUGCCGCGGGAGCAAGUGAAGGCAAUCGACGACUUCUUCGAAAGUCGUCGCAAGGCAGGACAAACGCCGAUACCUCGAAAAGAUGUCAUCAUCGAUUCGAUGUCCAAGAGCACCAUCUACAGUGCUCUUGAUCUGAGAGACGGGUUCUAUCAGAUCCUUAUGCGUGAGAGCGAUAUCCCUCUCACGGCGGUAAACACUCCAAGCGGUAUGCUUUGGGAGUGGGUGGUUAUGCCGCAAGGACAGAAGAACACCCCUGCGACGUUCAAUAGAUGCGUGACGCAUCUAUUGCGUUCGGUGCGCGACUUCGCACCGAGCUACUUCGACGAUGUGUACGUUCACAGCCGGGCUGUGGAGGAGAAGACGGACGUCGAGAUGCACAAGGAGCAUCUCCGGGAACUGCUUGGGCUCAUGCUCAAGCACAAGCUCUAUGCGAACCUGAAGAAGUGCAUCUUCGGUGCGAGCGACAUACCCGUGCUAGGGUGUCUCGUUGGAAAGAAUGGCGUACGCCCUGACCCCGAGAAGGUCAGAGUGAUCAAUGAAUGGCCUACGCCAUCCAACGUGAAGGAACUGCGGCAGUUUCUUGCCCUUGCCACGUACUUGUGCAAGUACGUGGACAACUACGCAGGCAAGAUUCGCCCUCUAUCGCAGCUUCUGAAGAAGGAAGCUGCGUGGGAAUGGACUGCUGAAUGUCAGCAGGCGUUCGAUGCAGUCAAGCUGGGCUUGACCGAAACGCCGAUCUUGGCUGUGGCUGACCAAGAUCGCCCCUUUCAUGUAGUGUGUGACGCAGCCGAUUUGGCGAUCGGAUGUGCGUCAAUGCAACUCGAUCACGAGGGCCGUGAUCGGGAGUUCCUUGCCAUGAAGUACGCACUCGCGAAGUUCCGAGUGUACUUACUCGACAACACGCCGUUCGUGGUCCAUACGGACCACGCGUCGUUAAGGGCGGCUUUGAAGUCUCCGCACAUCUCGCAACAAAUGGCGAGAUGGUUGUCCUUCUUCGCGGAGCACAACUUCCGGGUCGAAUACAAACCCGGAAGGUUGAAUGUUGCGGACGCGUUGUUGCGACGACCGGAUUAUGCUGUCAAGACAGUCGACGUCAACCAGAUUGACGUCGCUCGGACAUAUACACCGUCGUCGUUCUUGUUGGACGAGGUGAAUGACUCAAACGCGAAGCAGCUGAUCGAGUUUCUCUCAGCUCCUUCCGACAAAGCACGUUGGAAGUUGGCCCCUCGUCUACGAGCGGGUGCACACCGGUAUCGUGUGCACGACGGUCUACUGUUUUACAGCGCUGUAGACGACAAUGCGGACCGCAUUGUCGUACCGAAUGAUCCUGACCUGCCCAGCAGGAUCAUGUAUGAGUAUCACGAUGUUCCCACGGCAGGACAUCCGGGACGUGAGAAGACGUAUUCUCUUCUCACGAGAGAAUUCUACUGGAACCACCACUACAAGUGGGUGCGCAAGUACAUCAUGCAUCUCGCGGCUGUCGCAGCGGAGGUGACCUCCGUACAGAUGGCACGUCUAUUCGUCGACAUGGUGUUCAAGCAUCAUGGCAUGCCCAACGACUUUGUGUCGGACCGCGAUCUGCGCUUCACAGCGCGUUUCUGGCAAGAAGUGUUCACACUUCUUGGAACGCAGUUCUCAAUGUCGACUGCGGAUCAUCCGCGGACGGACAGGCAAACCGAGCGCUUGAACCGCGUGCUCGUGGACUUGCUGAAGAGCUACGCCCAGUCGUUCCACAACUGGAGCGACUACUUGCCGAUGGCCGAGUUCACCAUCAACAACGCGAAUACAGCUGAUAUCGAUCUAUCAGCUGCGAUGACACGAGCGAGAGCGAGAGCCCGCACACGACAAGGCGACGUGUCAGUGCCGGGCAGUGACACUGUGAAGAACCACGAGCAGGCGACACCUGUUUCGUCCAAGGACAACAUGUAUGUGCGGGGCACAGACACCUUGUAG